UAACAUUGACCUUUCCGGUGCUCCGUAGUUCUUCCUCUUCUCUACCUGUUUAGUAGUUAAAGAUGGCGGAAGCUCCUCCAUGGCCCAGCCGGUUCUUCUGUCACAGAUGCUCCGCAGAGAUCAGUCCUCGGCUCCCCGAGUACACAUGUCCAAGAUGUGAGUCAGGGUUUAUUGAGGAACUGCUGGAGGAAAGAAGUGCUGACAAUGGCUCCAUGUCUACCAUCUCCAGCGGGCCCCAGAACCAGCAACCAUUUGAGAAUACGGACCAGCACUUGUUUACAUUCCCGUCUGGCUACGGUCAGUUCACCCUGGGUGUCUUUGAUGACCGCUUCGACUUCGGGGCCGGACUGGGAACAGAGGAUAACAGGGAUGCUGAAAACAGGCGAGAAAGGGAAACGGCAUCACGGCAACGAUAUGGUGCCAGGCAACCAAGAAGUCGUCAUGGUUCAAGACGACAAGCAGGGAGGCACGAGGGAGUUCCCACUUUAGAGGGAAUCAUUCAGCAGCUAGUGAAUGGAAUAAUUGCACCCACUGCAAUGCCAAAUAUUGGUGUUGGACCCUGGGGUGUUCUUCACUCAAAUCCUAUGGAUUAUGCCUGGGGUGCUAACGGACUAGAUGCAAUUAUAACUCAGUUAUUAAACCAGUUUGAGAACACGGGACCUCCGCCAGCUGAUAGGGAUAAAAUAAAAACUCUUCCCACCGUUCACAUUACAGAUGAGCAUGUUGCUUCAGGACUGGAAUGUCCAGUGUGUAAAGAAGAUUACAGUGUUGGAGAAAAUGUGAGGCAGCUCCCGUGCAAUCACAUGUUCCACAACGAUUGCAUAGUCCCCUGGCUGGAGCAGCAUGAUACGUGUCCAGUGUGCAGGAAAAGCUUAAGUGGACAGAACACGGCGACGAACCCUCCAGAACUAUCAGGGAUGAACUUUACCUCCUCUUCCUCCUCCUCGUCCUCUUCAUCCUCCUCUACCCCUCAGUCCUCAAGUUCGACCAGCAAUGAGAACUCCACUGAUAACUCAUAGAGAACCAUUUGUCCUUAUCACCCCACGAGCUGUUUAUAGCUCCUAGGCUGCUGUACUUCAGAGCGGUGACCUCCAGUCUCUCCCCGCUUCGGGGCAGAGACCUGAGUGCAUCUCGCCAGGAGCACUCAAGCCAGAUUCAGGGGAAAGUGAUACGUGAGGUUCAUGUAUUUCUGCCCGUCCUGUUGCUCCAACCUUCGUCAGGCAUCCGAACAAAGGAAAGGCGGAGGCCUGGAGUGCAGCUUCUGUCAGGGAGGACGUGGAGAAGCAUGGAAACUUCAAGAGGCUCAAUCUGCCUGAAUCACCUCAUACAGGAAGAGAAAACAAAGGAAUCCAAAGGUAGAAGACUCGGGACAAGAAGACAGUCGCUGUUCUUUUUGUUUUUUUUAAUCUCCAGACUUGUAUGAUUUAAAACGACCUCCUUUUGCCUAUGAAGCAAAAAGAAAUGUACAGUUAUUCAUUUUUUAUAAGUAGCAUUCAUAUCUCACAUUUAAAACGACCCAAAGUGCACCGUAGUGCACUGUGAAAGUGUGCACUUAAGUCUCCUCAUGGUUUAGAACGAUACAGUCGAUUCCUUUUGCUCUCAAAACAAAAUUCAUAUAGCUUAUGAAAUGAUUUUAUCGUCAAGAUCCACCUAACAGAUUACCUGACACCACACAGGUACCGUUGUUUGCACUUAAAAUGAUGCGUCAAAUUGCAGUAAUCUCGUGCUGUUUGGAUAAUGAUGUGGAUAAUCAUUACUAAAUUACACACUUAAGGAUUUUUGCUAAGUUAUCUUAAAGCUGAAAAACACUUAGAAACAUUUCAGUGCAUUUUAACUUAAAGGUAAAUUAAAUAUUUUCUAAAGUUGGCAGUUGAAAAAAAAAAUUGAUUUGCAGUAUGAUUGUGUUUAAAAAAAAAAAAAAAAAGAA